AGAGUUUCAAGACAAACACAAGACACCCUAACCGACAACGUGUUUCUUCUCCUUCUCUCUCUAGAAAAUGGGCCAUUCAUGGAGUUCCAGAAGAAGACCCCGCACCCGCAGUCACCAUCAAUCCCAUCGGCCGCCGCCGCCGCCACAGCCACCGACGCCGCGGCCCCUGCCGCCAAGCUACGCCUUCGCGGCCAACGCCCCUUACCCUGCGCCGCCUCAAAACCCAAACCUAAUGAUGCCCGCCCCUUUCCCCUACCCUCAAAACCCUAACUUCAACGCCCACAAUUACCGCUCACCCAUGGCGGGUCAGUACAAUUACUAUCUGAAUUACGGCAAUCAGGGUUUUUAUCCUCUGCCGCAACCGCCGCCGCCCCCGCGGUACGUGGAUCAUCAGAGUGCUAAGAAGGUUAGGAAUUACGUGAAUGUUCAUAAGGAUAGCAUAAGGGUUGAAGCGGACGAGGAGAACCCACGUUGCCAUUUGGUGUCUUUCACUUUUGACGCUAUCGUUGAUGGAAGUAUUACCAUUUUUUACUUCGGCAAGGAAGGGCCCAACUGUACCUUCACUGCGUUAUAUCCUAAGAUCCAUACACCUGUGAAGGUUCCGUUUCAGAAAGGAUCGAGCCAGAAAUUCUGUCAGCCCUCAGGAACUGGUAUUGACCUGGGAUUCGUCAAUAUCAAUGACUUAGCAAAACCUUCACCAGUAGAUGUUUUUCCACUUGUUAUAUCAGCAGAGUCAAGCUCACUGUCUCUGUCAAAUGAUGAGCCACUCGAUGAGGCAGCUAUGACUACGGCUUCCCAUGCACAAAUUACACAAGCUAUCUUAGAGAAGAGUGAUGAGAGCCAUUUUCUAGUAAAAGUAGUAAAGCAGAUUCUGUGGGCUGAAGGUGUUCGAUAUGAGCUACGUGAGAUUUAUGGUAUAAGCAGUUCGACUGAAGCAACCAGCAAUGAAAAUGAUUCAGGAACAGAAUGUGUGAUUUGCAUGACUCAGCCAAAGGAUACUGCAGUUUUGCCGUGCAGGCAUAUGUGCUUGUGCUGCGAGUGUGCCAAAGAAUUGAGGCUUCAAUCUAACAAGUGUCCAAUAUGUCGCCAGCCCAUUAAAGAACUCAUGGAGAUUAAGGUUAUUGAAGGGCAAUCAUGACCUUAAGGCUUUGUAAAGGAACAAGCAAUACUUGUACAGAGGAAAUAUGAAGCCAUACAGCUGGGUGCUAUUUUGUACAGCCUUUUAAGGCACAAUUUUCAAUUUAGGAGUGACAACCAUUCCUUGUGGGCAAGGUUUUGAUUGCUGCUGGAGUAGUUUUUGGUUUCUUGAGUGUAUUAUACGAUUUGAUAGAGAAGUAAUUAAGCUGAAAUAUGUGAAAUAUCUGAUGAACACUCCCCCUCCCCAAUAUCUUUUUCGAUUUUCUUGUUUUGCAAAUUUUUUGCACCUGUUUUCUUGCAACUAAUCCAAUUUGCAAUGCCCCAAUAAGCUAGCAAGUCUACAUUUCAUUAC